AUGGGAAUACCCAUGAACGAUAAUAUUCACGCUCCCACUGUACCCUCUGGACCGACGUCCGGAGGGGUUCCCCGCGACCUGUCCAAGCUGUCCAUGGUGGACCUGAUGCAAGAGAAGGAACGUAUCGAAGCAGAACUGUCGGCCCUUAGCGCCGUGCUGACGUCUCAUGGCGUGAAUAUGAACACGUCCCUGACGACCUUUGAUGGUUUUCCACGAGACGAUAUCGACGUCGCGCAGAUCCGCACGACACGAGCACGAAUAAUUCACCUGCGAACCGACCACAAAGAAGUAAUGAAACAUCUCGAAAAGGGUCUUCAUGAGCAUUUCGCCAGUCUUCAACGUGCGCAAGCCUCUGGCAGUACGAACGGGACUGCAGUUCGACGAGGCGACUUGGGUGCGAACAGUUUAUCAGAUGCUGAAAUGAUUGGGACGCCGUUUGCCAAGGUGAACAGCGUCGUGCCCGGUAGUCCUGCAGAUCAGGCUGGGUUGAAGGCCGGGGACACCAUACGAAGCUUCGGAGAUGUGAACUGGAUCAAUCACGAACGUCUAUCUAGGGUAGCACAAACAGUGCAACAGAACGAAGGACGCAUGAUCGUCGUCAAGAUCAUAAGAAAGGACGGACCUGGGUCCAAUAACACUACUGAGCUGAGUUUAGAACUCAUACCACGCCGUGACUGGGGAGGCCGUGGCUUGUUAGGUUGUCAUCUAGUUCCACUGUGA